AUGGGCGCCGUAGUGUCCUGCAUCAAGUCCGUCUUCCAAGCGAUCGGCGCGGCUCUCAUGGCCGUCGUCAACGGCAUCGCUGGCAUCCUGAAGGCCAUCCUGAACGGCAUCGUCGCCGUCUUCGACAUCAUUGUCGGCUGCCUGACCUGCAACCGCGCCGGCAGCCGUCGUCGCAGAGUCACUAGUCAUGUAUAA